CAAACCACCAUACAUGGCGGCGGCUUCACUCUCAGCCACCGUUCCGACGAAGAACUCAUUUUUAUCAAAGGGCACCGGUUUUAUUCACUUUACUUCGAGACGAAGCAGCAUUAUGAAUAACGAUAUCGGGUUCAAAGCUAAGGAGUUAGCUUUUGAAUUCUCGAGCUCAAAGGCCUUUUAUGUGCCCUUUGCCAAUACUGAUAAACCCAAUGCAGCACCGCCUCUCACGGAGACUUUCUGCCCGGCCUCUGCUUCCAGGUUGAAAGGCCAUACGAUUUCAGUGUUCGUUGGGGACGAGAGUGGAAUCAUAAACAGGAUAGCAGGGGUGUUUGCCCGAAGAGGUUACAACAUAGAGUCCCUCGCUGUUGGCCUCAACGAGGACAAGGCUCUGUUUACCAUCACCGUCUCCGGGACCGAAAAGGUUCUCAGACAAGUAGUUGAGCAACUUAACAAGCUUGUCAAUGUCAUCAAGGUAGAUGAUAUCUCAAUGGAGCCACAUGUAGAACGCGAAUUAAUGCUCAUGAAACUCAACACCGAUCCAACCACUCGUGCAGAGAUCAUGUGGCUAGUAGACAUCUUCAGAGCAAGCAUUGUCGAUACUUCAGAGCACUUCUUGACUAUUGAGGUUACUGGAGACCCUGGAAAGAUGGCAGCUGUUCAAAGAAAUUUCAGCAGGUUUGGGAUAAAAGAACUUUCGAGGACCGGGAAGAUUGCUCUGAGGCGUGAGAAGAUGGGGGAGACUGCUCCUUUUUGGGGAUUUUCUGCUGCAUCUUAUCCAGAUCUUGAAGAUAGAUCAACUAAUGGUGCGGUAAGGGAUGCAAAACUGCUAGUUAAUGGUAAUGUCAAUACAUACUCAAAGGAUGAUGUAUAUCCCGUGGAACCUUUUGACAGCAUCCCGGUAAAUCAAGUUCUCGAUGCUCAUUGGGGGGUUCUCUAUGAUGAAGAUUCAACCGGGCUUCGGUCGCACACUUUAUCUAUGACCGUGAACGACACUCCCGGAGUUCUAAAUGUGGUUACUGGGGUUAUUUCCCGAAGAGGCUAUAAUAUUCAGAGUCUAGCUAUGGGACCUGCUGAAAAAGACGGUCUUUCUCGCAUUACAACUGUUGUUCCAGGAACUGAUGAGCAAAUAGGAAAAUUGGUUCAGCAACUCCAGAAGUUAGUGGAUCUUUACGAGGUGCAGGAUAUGACACACUUACCAUUUGCAGAGCGAGAGUUAAUGUUGAUAAAAGUUGCUACGAACUCUGCUGCUCGACGGGACGUCCUUGACAUUGCAAGCAUAUUCCGAGCUAAAGUUGUUGAUGUGUCUGAUCACACAAUUACUCUUGAGCUGACAGGUGAUUUCCACAAGAUGGUUGGUCUUCAGGGAUUAUUAGAGCCCUUUGGAAUUUGUGAGGUGGCUCGGACCGGAAGAGUGGCACUGGUGCGAGAGUCGGGUGUGGAUUCAAUGUAUCUCCGUGGAUAUUCUCUUCCUUUCUAGUUUACAUUUCCUCAUAGCUGCUGGUCCUGGCAAAGGCAAGUAAGGUCUGGAGUAUCAUUAUACAUAUAUAUAAAGAUCUUUGAUGUAAUCUUUACUCUGAGAUUUCGAUGCAAAUCGAUCUGUGUUGGUCAUCUUUGCUUCUGA